GCGGGGUUGCAGCGGUAACAUCAAAAGUCAAAGCUGUGUAAUGCCGCACAGGUGCCAAGGGUUGUGUUAAGAACGGUUGCCAUACGCACGCACAUUCAAUCAGGUGGAUUCCCUCGCUCUUCCCCCAAGUUGCGAGCCUCUAGAUGACAUCAAAACAAUUUGAACUUUCUGCGCUGACGAACUGACGGACAGCUUCGGCAGGCGACGUUUAUCAUCUGCCAGUAGUUGGGUAUCCUCCGAAAUCACUAUCAACGUCAGGCCACAAGAUACGUCACUGACGGUCUCUCGGAUACUUUCAAACAACAGCCUUACACGUACUUGUCAACCUCUGGCGGAGAAAUAGGACAUGGUUUUUAGAUUGCGACAGCCCACUGCGGCAGCCAAGAAAUUGGUUCUGAUACCCGUGUUGACCAUGGAGGGUCACAAAGACUAUAUGUCAUCUAUAUCCUACUUUCCGGACGGGAAGCGUAACAUCAGCGGGUCAAGCGAUAAGACCACUCGUCGAUGGGACCUAGAAGCGGGUAAAGAAAUUAAGGAGGUGCGCGAUGUUUGUGAACAGGAAGUACAUGCUGUGUGGAUAUCAAGAAAUGCUCGAUGGGUUGUCACUGCAGGUGGAGACAGUGGCCCCGGAACCGGGGAGUUCAAAGUCUGUGAGGUUGAGACAGGGAUCAUCCCGGACAGCAUGCUGCUGGCGAGCGGGGCAGAAGACAAAACAGCGCGGGUAUGGAGCUUGGAAACUGGCACACUCGUGGCUGGUCCAUUCCAGAGCAUUUAUUUGGUGGGCGCAGUCCGAUUUUCGAAAGACUCCAAGAAGCUCGCAGUCAAAUCGCGGUGGGGAAAAUACCUUGAAGUGUGGGAUGUCGAAACACAGAAACUGGAUGUCAAACUUUGGGCGUUCGAGUCCCGUCAGCUCCUCGCCUCAUUUGAUGUUAUGUAUCCUCGUCGUCUCAUCCUCUCACCUGACUCGUGCCAACUAGUUUACACCACCCGGCGCAACAACAACAUCUACUUAUGCAACAUUCUCCCUGAGAUCCUUGCUAGCAUUCAGCCUGUACCACAAGUUAGAAUCAGUGCUCUUAGAAACCUACCUUUCGCUGAUUCUGGCGCACUCUCUCUCAACGCGAAUCAAUCCACUAGUGAGGCCCCAUCGAAUGCGCAACAGUGCCUCCCUUUCCACUCUCUAACACCUCCCCCUCCUACCAACAUGCAACCGCUUCCUGACAUGUGGAAGUGGCCCUACUCUUCUCCCUCCGCCGCAGAUACCCUCUUCUACAGUAGGUUUGCGGCUACCCCAGUUACGCUCCGACUGCCGCGAACUCCUUCCCUCUCCCAUACGCAUACAGUCUUCUCUGCUUGUAAUGACGAGCCUGGCAAUCUCACCCCUGAGGUAAUGCUCCGAGACCUCUCAAAAUGUAUCGCAAAGGAUGGCGAUUACCCUGUUGCUCGUGGCGGGUUCGGGGAGAUCUGGAAAUGCACCUUGUACAUCAUUCCCAGACCGGUCAAAGUCGCGGUGAAAGCAUUGCAGCGAAGACGAAAAAAAUCAAAAAGAAUAAAGCAUGAACUCAGAAUAUGCGCCAAACUCAAGCAUGCAAAUAUUCUAUCCGUCUACGGUUAUACGUAUGGCUUCGGCCCAUUCCUAGCGAUAGUCAGUCCUUGGGCGGAGAAUGGUAACCUGUCGGACUAUUUGGAGCUCGAGGGUGCGGCUCUUGGUUUCGUUAGAAGAUUUCAGAUCCUCAGGGAUAUCAUAGCUGGUCUGCAAUAUCUUCAUGCUAACAGUGUCAUCCAUGGUGACUUCAAUGGGCCCAACGUGCUGAUCCAUGGUGAUGGCACUGCGUGUGUCGCCGACUUCGGUCUUUCCUUGAUGUAUUCGGAGGUCAUAAGCGCCUCUCAGGCUUCCUGGACUUCCACCCUCAAAGGCAAUGUACGAUGGAUGGCUCCUGAACUGCUUGUAGAGCGGGAGGAUGGAUCUCCGGCGCGGCCGAGCGAGCAGAGCGACAUCCCCCCAUUCGGCGGUAUCAUGUUGCAGGUCCUCACCAAUAACGCUCCCUAUCAUUACCUUCAGAAUGAUGCUGCCAUCAUCUGGGCUAUAUAGAAGUCGGAAAAAGCCUUCCCGAUCUCGUUAUGCUGAUCUCCCUGAACAAUACUGGGAGUUUAUCGAGCAAUGUUGGUCUACUGAUCCUCGUGGCCGUCCAUCGACGGAGGGAGUUGAUGUGAGGAUCAGGAAUGAAUAUGUAGAUCUCGUUGAUUCUCGAACUCCUUUGCAUACAACGUGUUUACAGAUAGACAUUAUGAGGCAUGGUCCCCCAGACCCCUUCGAAUACCUACACACAAAAGACUGGUACUCGUCAUGCUGAAGAAUGGAGGCGUGAAUCGCCAUGUUGACUCCUAUUGUCACUACUGC